UAUUAAACAGUCAAAAUGGAAAAUCAUGCAAUUAUAGAAGCGGUCAUUUUCAUGCCACUAUAAUCGUACAGAUUCCGAAGAAUUUCACAUUUUAAUUGAAAGCAAAUUUAGUUUAAAAGCCGAAUCUAGUAGAAAGAUUAGCGAGGAAAUCAUAAUGUUGCAGAAGAUAAACCUAACUGUCGACGGAACAUAUUCAGGUGUCAAAUCGCUUUUAGAUCGAGUGUAUACUCAAAUGAUAGACCUCAAUGAGGUAUUAAAGACUUCACAACGAUUUAGUUUUCCAGAUCUCCGGAACAGAAAUAGAUGCUUAUUACUAUGACUAUUGUUCCUGUAUUAUUAAACUACUGUAAUAUGCUGAAUAUGUCGAUUAAAUAUAUUCUGAAUCAAUUAGCAUAUGAAAUAUAUUGAUAUUUUUAACGGAAAACAUUGAUUUAUCUUUAAACUCCUGGAUUUCAAUCAAUACUGAGUGUCUUACGAAUGAUAUAAAUUCCAGUUAGAUCACAACAUGUUUAGACAAGAUAUCAAAUGUAAUACAGUAGUUCAAUAAUACAGCAAAAAUGGUCAUAUUAAUAAGCGUCUAUUUCUGCUCCGAAGAUCUGGAAAACUAAAUCGUUGUGAAGUCUUUAAUAACCCAUUGACAUCUAUCAUUUGAGCAUACACUCGAACCAAAAGCGAUUUGACAUCUGAAUAUGUUCCCUCGUGAGUACAAAAUGCAAAGUACAUUUUGUGAACUAUAUGACUGUUUUUUUUUGUAACAUAAAAAUCUAUUCAGUUUAUUGAGUGACCAUUAGAGAAUAGUGAAGGGCAUUCAAACUCAUUUAAUAUCCACUAUGUCGUAGAUUUGCAAGCUGCACAGAAAUUAUACGUUGCAUGAAAACAAUCUACAGUCGGUUUAUUAGCAGUAACAACGCGUCAUAAAGUAUUUCUACUCGAAUUUUUUUAUGUUUUUGAGUAAGAGUGUGAUAUAGAUCAACACUCCAUUUCUUUUGCUAGACUAGUCAACUCUUAUUACAAGGUACAAACAAUCAGUAAUAAGGAUUUCAUGAGAAAUGAGUGUGAAUUAAACUAUGUUUCUGUAAACUAGAAAAUAUCUGACUCUUUUUCGAGUAAAAAUACACGAAAGUAAGGAUUUUUGUUGAAAUUAAAUCUUGAAUUAAACAAGAGACUAAGAUUUAAAAUACAAUGAAACUUCUCACACUAUUUGUAUGUCUUGAUUAUUCACAUUUUCUGCGAAUUCAAAAGUCCAGUUCGAUCAGGAUAGAUACAGUCAAGAAAAACUGAUUACAAUAGCAUUGUAUUAAACUAAUAUUAAUUAAUGAAUUUAAUUUUAGGCCUGGAAAAUCUAAAGCGGCAAGUGCUCAAAAUAAUUCCAAACGAGCUUCUGAUGGUACCGAUGGUCUUCCAGGUUAUUCUAGUGGAAAUUUUUAUUUGUAUACCACAGAAAUGGUUAAUCCAUCAUGGCUUAGUGUAUUUCUUAAUGGUGGACGUGGUCAAGAUGGUGGUGAUGGAGGCAAUGGAUAUAAUGGUAAAGAUGGUUAUUCGGCACCAAGUAAUUGGAACCGAACACGUUGUAAAUGGGAUAGAUCAAAACAAUUUGGUUAUGAAGAAUUUACAGAUGAACAUGGACGAAUUAUCAAAUAUUCAUUUGCUGGUGAUGUUGGAUGGGUGUAUACUACAUAUCACUUGUAUUUUAUGGUUAUCGGAUCUGAAGGUACUGCUGGUACGCAGGGAGGCAGCAAUGGAGUUGGCGGUGAAGGUGGUUAUAGAGGUAUUUGCAAAGCUGAAAAUCCUGAAACCGGCAAAAACUUUCCAAUAAAGAUUGAACGUAAGAUGGGUCAAAAUGGAAUCGAUGGCGUAGUUGGAAAAAGUGGCAGAUUUGGCGUCAAUGGUAACCAUAUGAUUCUUAUUGAUCGGUCGGCAACUGGAGAAGAAAAACAUUAUAUUGGUUCACCAACAACGGUAUUGUCUACAAGUUUCGACUAUGAAGCUGAAACAUACAAUCGAUUAAAUGGAUAUCGUAAACAUGUUGAAGAGAAAAGUGCUUGUUUUGCGAGAUUUUCCACUACUCAAAUAGACAC